UGUUUGCAGAGCAGAAGUGGAAGUGACUUUCACUUCUGGAUUUUUCUCAUGUUGAAGAGCUGCUGUUGUCAGAAGAGAGUCUCUUAAUGAACGACCGGACUUUGACACUCAUUCACCUUCAUAGGCACCGGUUGUAUAUCUCUAAGGGGAACCAUGGCACUGUCCUGUCAGACUAUAGUUAUUAAAGAGUCCAGUUUGUCGGGCUGGGACGUGAUCGGCUCGGGGGGGUUUUGGAAAAUCUAUAAAUGCCGGCAUCAGGAGUGGGCCUGCGAUGUGGCCAUUAAACUGCUUCACUUUGACGACGGGAAGAAUGACAGUUUGCUCCGUGAGAUCGAAAUGAUGCGUCAGGCAAGCAGUCCGCACGUUAUUCAGGUCCGAGGGGUCUUUAAAGGAUUACCCCCCAACUCAAGGUCAACUCAGCUGGGUCUGGUGAUGGAGUACAUGGAGAGAGGAUCCCUGGCCUCCCUGCAGGGAAGUUUAGGCACUCUUCCCUGGCAGCUGGUCUUCAGACUGGCUCAUCAAAUCGCUCUGGGUAUAAACUUCCUGCACAGCCUGACCCCCCCCCUGCUGCACCUGGACCUGAAGCCCAGCAACGUGCUGCUGGACUGCGCUCUCAACGCCAAGCUCACAGACUUUGGCCUCGCCCGGGAUCAAAAAACCACGAGGGUUUCCAAGAAGUCCAGCGGGGAGGAAGGAGGGACGACCAGCUACAUGCCGCCGGAGGCCUUUAUCUUAUCAUACAGCCCGACCAAAGCCUCUGAUAUUUACAGUUAUGGUAUUCUCUUAUGGUCCAUCGUCACAGGGAAACAACCAUACCCAUAUGCUGAGUCCAGCCUUGUGCGGUUUCGCAUCCCGGAGGGAGACCGUCCAUCACUGACCGAGAUCCCGGCUCUGUCCGCUGGGAUGGCAGGUCUGACGGGGCUGAUGGAGCUAAUGCAGGGAUGCUGGCACCAAAACCCCAAAGAAAGGCCCUCUGCCCUUAAGUGUACAACUGAGUCCGAAGACCUGUAUAAGAUGCACAAAAGUGGAAUAAAUGACGCUGUCCAUAAAGUGCUGGUAAAUCAGGACCAAAGGGAACCAGAAAGAUUGAGUGAGCAGAUCGACCGUCUUCACAUAAGCAAGUCUUCAGCGAGGGAAUGUUUUCAAGAAGUGAACAGUGUGCCGACAGGUCGCCCGCCAGUUCAGGAAAUGGCUGGUCGUUGGGAUCAGAGAGACAAAUCAAGAGUCCAAGAUAAACCUCGACCUAAAAGCGUGUGUUUCGAUGAAGUGGGCCGCCCAUCGACUAAAGACAAAGUGUCUUCUGUGUGCCCCAUUCAAACCUCACCGCCGUCUUGUUCAACUGGGACGUCGUCUCAAAAAAGAAAAGAAAAACCUUCCCAGACAGAUUUCAGGCAGAACCUGUCUCCAAAUUACCUGCGUCAAUCUUCGACCCCGGAAUCUUCCAGUUUCCGCCCUGCACCUGGAGUCCAUGUGCACUGCAGCAAUGUAACCGGACUUCAGGUUGGCGACAACAACACCAUGUACAUCAAUGAAUCCAGGAAACGGCACCCAACAGCGCCCCCUACAGUCGACUUCCAGCCGCAAUCAGCAGGAAACUCCAGGGACAAGACAGGAGGAUAAACUCACAUGGAGCUUUUUUAUCCUUAGUUCUCUAAUUGAACAGUUCUCCAUGCAUGAUUUAUCCAUUCUUACAUAACAGGAAGGUCAUGUUUUGUAAGUGAAGCUCCCUGUCUGAAUGAAUAGCUGUAUUUUUUUAAUUAUUUUCAAAUAAGACUUUUCUUUUAUAGGCUGUAAUAGAGAGGGUUUUUUUGUAUUUAUUGUGCUUCUUCUCGUAGAACAUUUUAAACCAAUGAUGAAAAAUGUCACACCUCUCUUUUGCCCUGUCAGCAUUAUACAUGAGGGCCAAGUCAUGUGGUUUUUCUUUCAACUGUGUCAACAGAUAUCCACAGUUCACGGUGCCAAAAAUCGCCAUACGGAAUUUUGUGUUAGGAUACUAAAAUAUUGUUCAUCAAACUAUACUGUAAAUAUCUAUGUUUUUGGAUAAGGUGCAAAUGCUGUUGGUUUCUUUUAUUCUAAUGCAUCCCUUUGUGGGUAUAUUUUUACAAUGUCAUCGAUCAAUUGCAGCCGAGAAAAUGUUUCAACAGCUGUAUAAACGUUUCGAAAUAAUCAAAAAAAUCAAACAGAAAGGGGAAUUUUAACAGAAGUAUUUGCACAAUGUUUCCCAGCAUGUUGAAAUUAAUGUAGCAUGAUGUAGCUUCAAUGAAGUGUUGGAACAAGCAUGUUUGGGAUAUUAAUGUGAAAUUAUUUGGUAGUAUGCUAAAAAAUAAUAGCUUGAAGGAUACUUAUCUUGUCUGGGAUGGGAUUAAUGGAUUUGUUGACAAUUAAACAAUAUAUAAAAAGUUCCAAGAGCUAUCCUUUAAUCCUAAUUAAGGUACGUAAGAGGAUAUUACCAGUAUAAACAUUAAGAACAUGGAGAUUCAUGUAUUAGUUGAAAAUGAUUGUUUACUAUAACUCAAAGGUGUUAAUAAAAUUAUAUGUUUUACUCAAA